AAUGGCCCCGUAGGGCAACAAGGAUGGUUAGUGUUGACUGUACUUGUCUGUACCAUAAAAAGGCUAUCCUACCUGGCAGCUAUUUGUACUUUUAUACUUGCCGACCCCGUUUUUUUGAACUAUGGUCACAAAAUGAAGGGGUUGUGGUCUGGAAAGGCCCAUCCAUUUUGUCUAUUGGAUAGGGAGUGGGGACAGUGUCCCCGGCGAUUUCAAAAGAGGGAACAUUGACCAGGGAGCACCGCUGCGGCCGUUAAGAGGAGCAGGAACCAGAGCCCGGGCUGAAUCCGAAAAAAGCCGGAUCCGGACGGUGGGAAGUGGAAGAUGGAGGAAACAGAGGAGCCGGCAGAUGGUGGGAAGUCUCUGCCGCCGGUUUACAUUUACAGUCCCGAGUAUGUCACCAUUUGCGACUCUCUGGCCAAGGUCCCAAAACGGGCAAGUAUGGUCCAUUCUCUGAUUGAAGCAUACGCCCUGCCUAAGCAAAUGAGGGUAGUGAAGCCCAAGGUGGCCUCCAUGGAGGAGAUGGCCUCCUUCCACACUGAUGCCUAUCUGCAGCAUCUCCAGGAGGUCAGCGAAGAAGGCGAUGAUGAUCAUCCGGACUCUGUAGAAUAUGGGCUAGGUUAUGACUGCCCAGCCACUGAAGGGAUAUUUGAUUAUGCUGCAGCUGUAGCAGGGGCUACCAUCACAGCUGCCCAGUGCCUGAUCGAUGGAAUGUGCAAAGUAGCAAUCAACUGGUCUGGAGGGUGGCAUCAUGCAAAGAAAGAUGAAGCAUCUGGUUUUUGUUAUCUCAAUGAUGCUGUCCUGGGAAUAUUACGAUUGCGACGGAAAUUUGACCGUAUUCUCUAUGUGGAUUUGGAUCUGCACCAUGGAGAUGGUGUGGAAGAUGCCUUCAGUUUCACCUCCAAAGUCAUGACUGUGUCACUGCACAAAUUCUCCCCAGGAUUUUUCCCAGGAACAGGUGAUAUGUGUGAUGUUGGCCUGGGGAGGGGACGGUACUACAGUGUAAAUGUGCCCAUUCAGGAUGGCAUACAGGAUGAGAAAUAUUACCACAUCUGUGAAAGUGUACUGAAGGAGGCAUACCAAGCCUUUAAUCCCAAAGCAGUGGUCUUGCAGUUGGGAGCUGAUACCAUAGCUGGUGAUCCCAUGUGUUCCUUUAACAUGACUCCGGUGGGAAUUGGCAAGUGUCUUAAGUAUGUCCUUCAGUGGCAAUUGGCAACACUCAUUUUGGGAGGAGGAGGCUACAACCUUGCCAACACAGCUCGUUGUUGGACAUACUUGACCGGGGUCAUCCUAGGGAAAACACUAUCCUCUGAGAUCCCAGAUCAUGAGAAAGACUACGCCAGGCACAACAGACUGAGAAUACCAAUGCACUGACCACCACCCAGUUCACUCACAGGGCAGGGAUUCUACACCAGGAGGGGCAGUUUGAAAGGACAGAGGAUUGUCACCACCCUCCAGUGCCCCUGCAUGAAGACAGCAUGUCACCCAUGGAAAAGUGAAUUGCUGUCCCCAGCUCUGAAGCAGUGACACACAGGAGUCUUGCCCAGGAGAAAAAGGCCAGUCAGAAUGGUGAAGAACUCCUAGCUCUGCUUGAAGGAAAUGACUAAAAUUUGGAACAAAGAAUGGAGAAAUCCAUGACUGAGGGUAUUGUAAAGACACAAAACAGAAAUGUUGGUAGAGGAAAAUGGAAACUUUGGUGAACCGGAGAACGUGACAACAAAGUGGCCUCCUGGUGUCACAGUCAACUCAGGGAAUCGAGAAGUAGUGCAUGUGUGGUAGGCUGUAUCCACUCAGAAGCCAAUCAGAGUAGGUUGAGGGACAGACUUGAAGGCAUUUCUUGGGGCCCGCACUGUGACACAAUAGGUUAAGCCUCCACCUGCGGUGCUGGCAUCCCAUAUGGCCACCGGUUCGAGUCCUGGCUGCUCCUCUUCCAAUCCAGCUCUCUCUCUCACAGCCUGGGAAAGCAGUGGGGGUUGGCCUAGAUGCUUGUGCCCCUGCACCCUCAUGGGAGACCUGGAGGAAGCCCCUGGCUCCUAGCUUUGGAUCAGCGCAGCUCUGGCCAUUGCAGCCAUUUAGGGAAUGAACCAGAAGAUGGAAGACACUUUCUCUCUCUCUCUCUCUCUCUCUCUCUCUCUCUCAAAUAAAUGAAUAAAAUAUUUUUUUUAAAAAAAGAAAGAAUUUCUUGAACUGCACACUGACACAUCAAUGCAGGCCAAAAAGGUUCAAUGAGACAAGGGCUUAAAAACACAACGUUUGACUAAAUCCUGACUGAAUAAGCUACUCUGGCCCACAGGUGACCCUGAGGAAUCCAGGCUUAAAACUAAAAUCACACUCAUCCCCAGUAGUCUGGAAGACUGUGCUCAUGCCCCUGACUGUGCCCUCUCAGGAGCCACCAGAGGGGAAACAUACCAACUACUGGUUCCUGAUUGAAUAAAUGGCAAAAAAUAAAAAUUCCUAAUAGUAGUCUCCAAGCCACAAACAUCCAAUGCUAAAGGAUAGAAAUCUAACUGGCUUAGGAGGCUUACAUAAACCUUGACAAGUGGCUUGUGCCAACCUAGGGGUGACCCCUAGGUAGUCAGGCUAAAAGGAGAAAAAAAUGGAGGUGGGGGGGGGGAUAUGAGCAGGGUCAUCAGUGGCUUCACACUGGAGGGAGGAAUGAUUCACAGAGUAAGUUCAAUCAAAUCAUUAAUAAGAAAAUGACCAAGCAGUUCACCACCACACCGCUGGGAUGGCGGCAUGGAGGGAAAUCACCACUCAGAGUACUUUUAUGAUCUAAAAUACCCACGUUUCAGUAUAGAUAUUUCUUUAAAAGCUAGAAAUGGAACUGCCAUAUGAUUCAGCAAUCCCAAUACUGGAUAUAUAUCCAGAGGACAUGAAAUCAUUAUAUCAAAGAGAUACCUGCUCUCACUAGUCAAGAUAGGGAAUCAACCCAGGUGUCCAUCAUCAGAUGAAUGAAUAAAGAAAAUGUGGCAUGCAGGGGAUUCCAAUUCAAUCCCAUCAAGGUGGCAUGUAUCAAUGCCAUCUCACUAGUCCGAGUGAUCAAUUUCUGUUCACAAUUGACCAUAAUAAUAGGUCUAAGAGUCAAAAGGAUCACAUAAACAAGACUAGUGUCUGCUAAUACUAACUGAUAGAAUUAAGAAGGAGAGAACGAUCCAACAUGGGAAGUGGGAUACACAGAAGACUCACAGAAUGGCAGAUGUCCUAAACAGCACUCUGACCUCAGAAUUAGCCCUUAAGGCAUUCGGAUCUGGCUGAAGAGCCCAUGAGAGUAUUUUAGGCAUGGAAAGCCAAGACACUCUGGAAAAAAAAAAGACCUAAAUGAAAGAUCUCUGCAAGUGAGGUCCCAGUGGAAAGAACCGGGCCAUCAAAGAAGGAGGUACCUUUCUCUGAAGGGAGAACUUCCACUUUGACUAUGACCUUGUUUAAAUAAGACCGGAGUCAGCGAACUCAAAAGGCUUCCAUAGCCUUGGCAACUCAUGACAAGAGCCUAGGGUGAUUACUGACGCCAUAAACAAGAGUGUCAAUUUGUUAAAUCAACAACAGGAGUCACUGGGCACUUACUCCUCAUGUAGGAUCUCUGUCCUUAAUGUGUUGUACAAUAUGAAUUAAUGCUAUAACUAGUACUCAAACAGUACUUUAUACUUUGUGUUUUGCAAACUGUUGAGAUCUUUACUUAAUAUAUACUAAAUUGAUCUUCUGCAUAUAAAGAGAAUGGAAAAUGAAUCUUGAUGUGAAUGGAAUGGGAGAGGGAGCGAGAGAUGGGAUGGUUGCAGGUGGGAGGGAAGUUAUGGGGGGGGGAAAGCCGUUGUAAUCCAUAAGCUGUACUUUGGAAAUUUAUAUUUAUUAAAUAAAAGUUAAAAAAAAAAGAAAAUGUGGCAUAUAUACACAGUGGAAUGCUAUUCAGUCAUAAAAAAGUAAUAUCCUGUCAUUUGUAGCAAAAUGUAUGUGAAAUACGUUAGCCACAAAAAGACAGAUAUUGCAUGUUCUCCCUCAUGUGGGAGCUAAAAUGAACCUAAAUCUGAACACAGGAUGUUGAUUACUUAGAGGCUGGGAAGAGUGGGGGGAAUAAAGGAAGUUUGGAUUACAAAAAUAGGGGAAGCUGGGUGUGGUCCAUUGAGUGUGACAAAUAUAUUAUAUGAAUAUAAGAUGUAAAUAUCAGGGAGAGUUAGGGGCCAGUGUUGUGGCACAGCGGGCUAAGCCGCUGUUUGUGAUGCUGGCAUCCUGUAUCAGAGUACUGGCUCUAAUCUAAGCUGCUCCACUUAGAAUCCAGCUUUCUGCUAAUGUGCCCAGGAAGGCAGAGGAAGAUAGCCUAAGUGCCUGAGCCCCUGUCACCCUCAGCCAUGUGUGAGACCUGGAUGGAAUUCCUGGCUCCUGGCUGCAGCCUGGCCCAUCUGCCUCCCUUCCUCCCUCUCCUCCCUUCCUCCCUCUCCCUCUCCCUCUCCCUCUCCCUCUCCCUCUCCCUCUCCCUCUCCCUCUCUUUCUCUCUUUCUCUGUUGCUCUAUCUUUCAAAUAAACAAACUUUUAAAAAGUAAUAGGGGAAGUUGGAUGUGAUUUAGAUAUUAUGAUAUAAAAUGUUAACAAAAGAGGGUAUAUGGGAACUCUGUACUGCUUCACAAUUUUUGCUUUAUAAAUUUAUUUUUAAUCUAGAAACCUUUUUAUUCAGGUAUACAAACUUCAUGCAUUUCAUAUAUACAAAUUUAGGAAUAUAGUGAUCCUUCCCACCCUACCCUCCCUCCUACCCACCCUCCCACCCUUCUUCCUCCUCUCUCUCCUAUUCCCAUUCUUAUUUUUUACUAGGAUCUAUUUUCAAUUAAAUUUAUACACAUAAAAUUACUCCUACACUAAAUAAAGAUGCUUUAUGAAUUUAAUACUAUUCUGAAGUAAAACUUCUGAAAAAUAAAAUAAAAUAGGCAAGUUUCAACCAAAAGUUAUAAGCUAUACAGAACAAAACAGAAAGUAUGAUUCAUACAGAGAAGACAAAAGGAGACAUAUAAUAGAAACUGUCUUUGAAGGGCCCAGCAAGUGGACUUAGCUGGCAAAGAUUUCAUACUAGUUAUUGUAAGUAUGCUGAAAGAACUGAGGAUAACUGUGCUUAAGGAAGUGAAGAAAGAUAUUAUGGCAGUGUCUCAAGCAAUAUAAAAUAUCAAUAAAGAGAUUAAAGAGAUGGAAAUUGUACAGAAGAAUCAACUAUAUAUUCUUAUUUUUUUAUUUGACAGAUAGACAAUGAGAGAGAGAGAGGCAGAGAGAAAGGUCUUCCUUCCGUUGGUUCACCCCCAAAAUGGCCACAACGGCCAGAGCUGCGCCGAUCCGAAGCCAGGAGCCAGGUGCUUCCUCCUGGUCUCCCAUGCGGGUGCAGGGGCCCAAGCACUUGGGCCAUCCUCCACUGCACUCCCGGGCCACAGCAGAGAGCUGGAUUGGAAGAAGAGCAACCGGGACUAGAACCCAGUGCCCAUAUGGGAUGCCGGCGAUGCAGGCGGAGGAUUAACCAAGUGAGCCAUGGUGCUGGCUAGGUAUUCUAUUUUUAAAUAUUUUAUUUAUUUAUUUAUUUGAGAGGUAGAGUUACAGACAAAGAGAGGGAGAAACAGAAAGAAAAGUGUUCUAUCUGCUGGCUCACUCCCCAGAUGGCCGCAACAGCCAGAGCUGAGCUGAUCCAGAACCAGGAGCCAGGGACUUCUUCCAGGUUUCCACGCAGGCGCAGGGGCCCAAGCACUUGGGCCAUCUUCUACUGGUUUCCCAAGCCACAGCAGAGAGCUGGAUGGGAAGAGGAGCAGCUGGGACACAAACUGGCACCCAUACGGGAUUCUGCUGCCACAGGCAGAGGCUUAGCCCAGUACACCACAACAUUGGCCCCCCCCAACUAGGUAUUCUUGAGUUGAAAAAUAUAAUAACCAAAAUAAAAAUUUGCUAAAGAAGGUUCAAUAGCAGAUUUGAGUUGGCAGAAGUUACUUGAAGAUACCUCAAGAGAGAUUAUGCAGCCUGAAGAACAGAAUAAAAAAUAAAGAUUAAGAAAGAUGAACAAAGCCUCAGGGAAGGCCGGCGCCGUGGCUCAAUAGGCUAAUCCUCCACCUAGCGGUGCCGGCACACCGGGUUCUAGUCCCGGUCGGGGCGCUGGAUUCUGUCCCGGUUGCCCCUCUUCCAGGCCAGCUCUCUGCUGUGGCCCGGGAGUGCAGUGGAGGAUGGCCCAAGUGCUUGGGCCCUGCACCCCAUGGGAGACCAGGAGAAGCACCUGGCUCCUGCCUUCGGAUCAGCGCGGUGCGCCGGCCGCAGCGCACCAGCCACGGUGGCCAUUGGAGGGUGAACCAACGGCAAAGGAAGACCUUUCUCUCUGUCUCUCUCUCUCACUGUCCACUCUGCCUGUCAAGAAAAUAGAAUUUAAAAAAAAAAGAACCCUGAAGAAAAAAAAAAAAGAGAGAACCUCAAUAAGAUUAACAAUUAACUUCUCAUUAGAAGCAGUGCAGGUGAGAAGGCAGUGUAGGAUGACAUGAAGUACUGUAAAUUUUAAAAGGCAUCAAAAAUUAUAUAUUCAGCAAAACUAUCUUUCAAAACUAAAAGUGAGGGGCCGGUGCCAUGGAUCACUUGGUUAAUCCUCUGCCUGCGGGCGCCAGGUUCUAGUCCUGGUUGCUCCUCUUCCAGUCCAGCUCUCUGCUGUGGCCAAGCUGUGGCCGGGGAGGGCAGUGGAGGAUGGCCCAAGUGCUUGGGCCCCUGCACCCGCAGGGGAGACCAGGAGGAAGCACCUGGCUCCUGGCUUCGGAUCGGCGCAGCUCUGGCCGUUGUGGCCAUUUUGGGGGUGAACCAACGGAAGGAAGACCUUUCUCUCUGUCUCUCUCUCUCACUGUUUAUAACUCUACCUGUCAAAUAAAUAAAUAAAUAAAAGUGAAAUAAAGACAUUCUUACAUUAUAAAAUUAAAAGAAUUCAUUGGUGACAUACCUUCCUUAAGAAAAAUGUGUGAAGUUCUUCAGGUUGGAAGCAAGUACUUCCAGACAGUAAUUUGAAAUCUACACGAGAAACAGCGCUGGUAAAAUGUAAUUAUGGGGUUAAUUAGAAAAGAUAAUAUAAUUGCAUAUCUCUUCCCCUUUCCCCUCUUGACUGAUUUAAAAAGCAUUUGAAUAAAGCAAUAUGAGUAUGAUUGUAUUAUUAGGUCUAUAGACAUAUAGAAAUAUAACAUAUUUGAUAAUAGCAGCAAAGGAGGGGAUGGGAAUGAAGUUAUAUUGCAAUAAAGAAAUAACACCAGAUGGUAACUCAAACCCACAGGAAGAAAUGAAAAGGACCAGAUGAAUAAAUAAGAAUAUUAGUACAACAAACACUAAAAACAUUUAUUCACUCUCAUUUUUCCUGUCAGCAUUUGUAAAAGACAUAAAAUUGCAUAAACUAAUAAUUAUAAAAAUAUGGUUAUGUUUAUAACAUAAAAUUAAGAAGGUGUGUAUUUGUGAAUAAUAAUACCAGAGUAUUUUAGUCCAUUUUCUGUUGCUAUAGCAACAUACCUGAGGCUGGGUACUUUAUAAAGGAAAGAAGUUUAUUUAACUUGGUUUAGAGGCUCAAAACCAUAAAUCAGGCAACCCUGUCUAUUUGGCCUCUGGUGAGCUCAUUUCACAGAUAAAAAGGAAUUAUAAGAGAAUGCUCUGAACAAAUUCUGCAACCUAGAUGAAAUGGAGAAAUUCCUAGAAAGGCACAAAAUACCAAAACUCAAGAAGAAAUAGAAAAUCUGAAUAGACAUGCAAUUAAACAGAUUGGAUUAGUUGUCAAAAAACCUCCCACCAUAAAAAAGAUCCAAAACCAGAUGGAUUCACUGGUGAAUUCUACCAAAAAUUUAAAGAAUCAAAAGCAGUUCUAAAUUCUUCCAAAAACAAAAUGGUUUAGAAAGGAACACUUCCUUAACAGUUCUAUGAGAUCAUUAUUACUUAUAGAUUUCAAACCAUACUACAAUGCUACAGUAAGUAGAACAGUGUGUAUGGCAUAAGGGUAGUCAUAUGGACCAUGUAACAGAAUUGAGAGUCAGGAAAUAAUCCAUCAUGUUUAUGGUCAUUUGUUUAUAAACAAGGGUGUUAAAGCAGUUCAGGGCUGAAAGAAUAGUUUUUUCAUAAGUGGUGUUGAGACAGCUGGUUAUCCACAAAUUAAGUUGGGCUUCAAAAUGUAUCAGACUAAAUUUAAGUGCUGAAACUACAAAACUCUUACAAUAAAACAUAGGUGUGAAUCUUCAUGAUCUUUUAUUAGGCAAUGGUUUUUGUACAAUACCAAAAACAAACAAAAUAAAAAAUAGAAAAAUUGGACUACAUCAAAAUUAAAAACUUUUCUACUGCAAGUGGUAUCUUUAAGUAAAUGGAAAGACAACCUGUAGAAUGAGUGGAAAUGUUUGCAGAUCAUAUAUCUGAUAUAAGAUUUACAUCUAGACUAUGCUUACAACUCAAUAAAAAGAGAAAUACCCCAAUUUUUAAACGGGCAAAGAAUCUGAAUAGACAUUUAUUCAAAAAAGAUAUACAAAUGGUCAACAAGGACAUGAAAAAAUGUUCAAUAUCGUUAGUCAUAAUUAAGUAAAUGAAAAUUGAAGCCACAACGAAAUACCACUUAACACCUCGUAGGAUGGCUACAGUCAAAAUGACAGAUAACAAAUGGUAGCGAAGAUGUGAAGAACCAGAACACUCACACACUGCCAAAUUGUGGAAAAGUGAAACUUUCAUACAACACAGAUGAGAAUGUAAAAGUAUAGCUGUUUUAGAAAAUGGCCUCAAAUCCCUCCGAAGGUUAAACAUAGAGGUACCUUAAGAUCCAGCAAUUCCCCUCCAAAGUAAAAACCCAAUGAAAACACACAAGGAUACUUCAAAAACUCCUGGAAGAUGGAAUAAAAAGAUAAGUUUAUUUUGGUGUAAAAUUUUUGAAAUCCAUGCAUAUGACGAGUCUUCAAAAAGUUCAAAAAUGUGCACUAUGAAUAAACUAUGAGUGAAUUUCAAAUAUUUGCAGCAAAAUAAGCGUAUCAUUUAAUUCCAUUUCCCACAGACUUUUUGAAGUACCUUCAUGUGGCCACACAAAAGCUUUCACACAAAUGUUCAUAACAGCAUUAUUUGUAUUAGCUAAAAAGUGGAAAUAAUGCAGGUAUCCAUCAACUGAUUAACAUAUAAAUCAAAUAUGGUACUUCCUUAUCCAUAUAAUGGAGUAUUAUUUGGCAAUAAAGAGGAAUAAAGUACCUAAAGUAACGACUACCUAUUGUAUGAUUCUUCUCACAUGAUAUGCCCGGAAUAGAUAAAUCUAUAGAGACAGAAAAUAGAUUAGUGGGCACUUAAGGCAAUGCUGGGAGGUAUGGAUGUGGAAUAGAGAGUGGCUGCCAAUGAAUAAUAGUUUCUUUUAGGAGCAAAAUAUUCCAAAUUUAGAGUGUAGUGAUGGUUAAACAAUUCUGUGAAUACACUGAAAGACAUUGAAUUGUACACUGUGAAUGGGUGAAUUAUAUGGUAUAUAGAUUAUAUCUCAAUAAAGAGAUUUUUUAAAAAGAUGAUGGUGUCUUGAACUAGGACAAUAUCAGUAUAAAUUGUAAGAAGUGAUAGAGGGGCUGGCACUGCGGCACAGUAGGUUAAUCCUCCGCCUGAGGUGCCAGCAUCCCAUAUGGGUGCUAGUUUGAGUCCCGGCUGCUCUGCUUCCAAUCCAGCUCUCUGCUGUGGCCCAGGAAAGCAGUAGAAGAUGGCCCAAGUGCUUGGGCCCCUGCACCCGUGUGGGAGACCAGGAAGAAGUACCUGGCUCCUGGCUUUGGAUCGGCAUAGCUCCGUCUGUUGUGGCCAUUUGGGGAGUGAACACUGUCUGUAACUCUACCUCUUAAAUAAAUAACUAAAAUCUUUUAAAAAAAGUGAUGGAAAAUAUGUAUACAUUUUGAAGGUGGAAUGAGUAGGAUUUUCUAGCAUAUUGUGUGUGGGAUGGGAACACAAGGACUCUAAGGUCUGUUCUGAGUAACUGGAAUGAUGGAGUGAGCAACUGAGAUAGAGAAGACUAUGGGAGGCACAGUUUCAGAUGAUAAGUUUUGUUGAACUCUCUUACUUAGUAGGGUUAACUUUAUAAUCAUUAAGUAAACUGAAAGUAGAUCUUUGUAAAAAUUAAGAGUGGGAAUGGGAGAGGGAGGAGGAAGAUAGGUUGGAGCAUGGGCUGGUAGGGUGGGAAGUAUCACUACGUUCCUAAAUCUGUAUAUAUGAAAUACAUGAAACCUGUACAACUUAAAUAAUUUUUUUAAAAAAACUUAUGUUUGAAUAUGUUAAGUUGGAGAUGUCAGGUAGGUAGAAGGAGAAUAUAUAGCUAGAUAGAUCCUGAAAGUGAGUUGGACUAGCUUUUACAAAACUGAGAGUUAACAUAUGGGUAGACUUUAAAGCUCUGAGGUAGAUGAGAUCAGUUAGAGAAGAGAGGAGAUCUAGGGACUGUUCCCUGGGACAGUUCAUCAUUAAAAAACUGGGGAAAUGAGGAGCAAAAUCAACAGAGUGUGCACUUCUGGAAGCCAAGUGAAGAAGGUGUUUCAAGGAAGAGGGAGUGACCAGUGGUGUCAUGCUGCUGAGAAAUCAAGUAAGAUGAAAACUGACACUUGACCAUUGGAUCUAGCAGCAGUGCGCCAUGGGUGGCCUUGCCAAGAGCAAUCUUUAUGAAUCUAAGUUGGAGCAUUUGAUUGAUAUACAUUUAAGAGAGACUAUAAGGAGUUAAGUCUCAAUUUUUAAGAUUUAUUUAUUUAUUUGAAAGCCACAGUUACUCAGAGAGAGGAGAGGCAGAGAGAGAGAGAGAGAGAGGUCUUCCAUCCGCUGGUUCACUCCCCAACUGGCCGCAAUGGCUGGAGGUGCGCCUAUCCAAAGCCAGGAACUUCCUCCUGGUCUCCCACGCGGGUGCAGGGGCCCAAGCACUUGGGCCAUCUUUACUGCUUUCCCAGGCCAUAGCAGAGAGCGGGAUUGGAAGUGGAGCAGCUGGGUCUCGAACCGGCGCCCAUAUGGGAUGCUGGCGCCGGCCCCUAUUUAUUUAUUUGAAAGUCAGUUACACAGAGAGAGAAGGAGAGGCAGAGAGAGAGAGGUCUUCCAUCCACUGAUUCACUCCCCAAUUGGCUGCAACAGUAGGAGUUGUGCCCAUCUGAAGCUAGGAGCCAGGAGCUUCUUCCAGGUCUCCCAUGCGGGUGCAGGGGCUGAACCGCUUGGGUCAUCUUCUACUGCUAUCCUAGGCCGUAGCAGAGAGCUGGAUUGGAAGUGGAGCAGCCGGGACUCUUUAGUACCCAUAUGGGAUGCCGGCACUGCAGGUGGCGGCUUUAUCCGCUAUGCCACAGCACUGGCCCCAAGUCUCAUUUUUAUAUAGCAACAACAAGAAUCCAAAAUGCAGUUUCUAGAUAGAUACUGCAGCAAUAAAAAAUGCAAAGUGUCUAAGAAUAAACCUAACAAAAGGCAUGCCAAAGAUCUUUUAUAUAUGAAAUUAUAAAACUAUUGAAAUGGAAAGCCAGAUCCUAUUCACAGGUAGGGAGACUCAAUUUUGUAAAAAUACCUUCUACAGUCAACAUAUAAUCAAUAUAGUCAUUAUAGUUCCAAUCAAAAUCCCAUGGAUUUUUCAUAGAAUUUGACAGCUGGCUCUAAAAUUUAUAUGAGAAUGCAAAAAAAAAAAAAAAACCCAAAUCAUUCUUAAAAAACAAUAUAAAAAGCUCUUACUCUCUCGGAUAUUAAGAUUUAUCAUAUGAGAGCUAUAGUACUUAAAGCUGUGUUAAUAUUGUUGCAGGGAUUAACAAAUAAGCUAAUAGAACAGAAUAGGAAACAAUAGGAAACCAAAAAAUAGACAUAUACCUGCUUGGAAAAUUCAGAUAUGAUCGAUAGCGCUGGAAAUCAGCAGGGGGAAAAGUGAACUCUUUAAUAAAUAAUGUUGGGAAAACUGGUUAUCCCUUAAGAAAAAUAAAAUAAAAUUAGAUUCCUGCCUCACAGCAAGCAUAAUAUUCAAUUCUAGGUGUAUUAAAUACAUUAAAUUGUUAGAAAAAAUAUACACGAUGUCAGCAUUGUGGCACAGCCAAUUAAGCUGCUCCUUUUGAUGCCAGAAUCCCAUACUGGAGAUCUGAUUUGAGCCCCCACUGCUCAACUUCUGAUCCCACUUCCUGCUAAUGUGCCUGAGAAGGCAACACAUGAUAGCCCAAGUGUCUUGGCCCCUGCCACCCACGUAGGAGAGCAGGAUGAAUUUCCUGACUCUUCACUGCAGCUUGGUUCAGCCCUGGCUGUUCUGGUCAUUCAAGAAUGAACCAUAGUUGGAAGGUUCUACUCUCCCCCCACCCACACACAUACUUUCUGUCUUGUUGCUCUACUUUUUGAAUUAAUUCAUUAAUUAAUCUUCUAAGAAAUUUUUAAAAAAGAAGAAAAUACACACCAGUGGUUCUCAACUGGCAGUACCUCCACCCAGAGGACAUUUGACAAUAGUGUUUAAAGGUAUUUACUACCCAGGGUCCAGGGAUGCUAAGUGUCCUGCAGUGUAAAAGCCAGCCCACAUUAGUUGUUCUGUCCCAUAUGCCAGUAACCUCCCUCUUCACAAAAAACACUGACAUACAAGAAUUUCUCUGUGGUCUUGCGAUAGGGGAGAAUGUAUUUACAGAGACACAAAAAGUACCAAAUAUAAGGGAAAAAGCAAUAAAUCCAAUUAUAUGAAAAUGAAUGCCUCUGUUCACCAAAAAAAAAAAAAAAAACAC